AUGAACAGUCAAAUAGUCCGAAAACUGAAAAGAGUCCUCACUCACCACAGCCGGCGAAUUGGAAGUCCGAACGUGAGGAGUGCGCCGGAGAAAAGCCUGCAUGGUCGGAGGAAGAGAUCCCAAAAGCCAUGGCAGGCCAGAAAAGAGCCGUUGAAGCCGGCUUUCAACAGCGCGGCGAAGCUCAUACGGAGGGUUCUCCAGCCAUUUCCCGAGGAGGAUCUCCACAUUAUAAGUGAUGUCAUCUUGGAGCUCCUCGGACGGAUUGAAUGCCGCAGGGUCCAUGGUGGCUGGUUCGUGCUGUCACGCCCGGUGUGGCAGGCGUGUGGAGAUUGUAGAGAGGACCCAAAAGGCGGCAGCUCUGGUGCAGUGCACCCUUACCGAGUGUCUGCUGUCCUGCUGAAUACUGGCUGCCCUGACUGCCUUGUGAUCUACUCAAAUAUGACCGUGGGAAGAAUCGAAGUCAGAGCUCUCAAGCUCCUGAGUAGGAGAGUUAGGGUGUCUGCAGCUGAGCUGGAAGAGUUUACAAAGCAGGCAGAGUGUCUGAACCUACAACCACCUGCUAUCAUGGACUCGGAAAAGGGUUUGUGCCCAGAUCCAUCUCUUGCCCCAGAAACAAAUUUCACUGAUGGAACCACAAACAGACUCAACUCUGAAGAGCUCAGCCUUCUAGAAGAACUUCUCAGUAGUGAAAGUGGAGUGAAGACCCUUUUGGAUAUGAUCCAAAGAAGUAUGGCUUCAUCCAAGCAAGACUGACGGCUCUGCCUGUGAAGAAUAUUGCCACUAAAAAUAAAGAUGCUAAAAAAGAA